AUGGGCAGCGGCGUGAAUUUGAGGCUGCAGGUAGUUCAGGGCCACCUCACCGACCGGCCCGAGUCGGGUGUCGCGCUACAGGCCGCUCCUUGCUUUGGUAACUUCAGGCAAGCCUCGGCCGCGGACGUGGUGGUGGUGCACGGACUGCGCACGGCCCUUGGCAAAGCGAGCCGCGGCGUCUUCAAGGGUGGAGUUUAUAUCAAUGGUUGGAAUUUGAACCCUGGAAACAUUGCUUCCUAUGUGAAGGAGAACAAGAAGGCCAGAGACUGCCUGAUCCCCUGGGGUGAGAUAACCUCGGAGAAAGUGGCUGAGUGGUUUGGCGUUUCAAGGGAGAAACAAGACACCUUUGCCGUGGCCUUCCAGCAGAAGGCAGCAAGAGCCCAGAGCAAGGGCUAUUUCCACGCUGAGAUUGUGCCUGUGACCACCACCAUCCAUGAUGACAAGGGCAUCAAGAGGAGCAUCACUGUGUCCCAGGAUGAGGGAAUCUGCCCCAACAUCACCAUGGAGGGCCUGGCCAAAAUGAAGCCUGCUUUCAAGGAUGGCGGGUCCACCACCCUAGGAAACUCUAGCCAGGUGAGCGAUGGGGCAGCUGCCAUCCUCUUGGCCCGGAGGUCCAAGGCAGAAGAGUUGGGCCUCCCCAUCCUCGGGGUCCUGAGGCUCUAUGGGUUGGAGUCCCCCCCUGAUGUCAUGGACAUCGGACCUACAUAUGCCAUUCCUACAGCCUUGGAGAAUGCAGGGCUGACAAUGAAUGAUGAGGACAUCUUUGAGAUCAGUGAGGCCAGGUGAAUCUUAGUGGUUUACUGUGUGGAAAAUCUAGGAAUUCCCCCUGAGAAGGUGAACCCUCUGGGAGGAGCGGUGGCCCUGGGCCACCUCCUGGGCUGCACUGGGGCAUGACAGGACAAGCUGCUGAAUGAGCUAAAGUGCUGUGGGAAGAGGGCGUAUGGAGUGGUAUCCAUGUGCAUUGGCACUGGGAUGGGAGCCGCUGCUGUCUUUGAAUACCCUGUGAACUGAGUCCCUGGCUCAAGGUACUACCCAGACGGCCCUGUUCUGG